CCGUGAACAUAGUGCGUCAGUCGCGUUUCGGUGCACUCUUCCGUUCGCGCAGAGAUCUUGCUGCGUAUCUCUACCUGUAUGCGUGCGUGCGUGUGUGUGUGUGUGUGUGACAUUUUUUUCCACAGAUCAUUCGCACUAGCUGCAACAUGUUUACCUGGCUGUAUCGCCGCCACCACAAUUAUCAUCAGCCUACCAUAAUACCCAGGUCGCCUUAUCAGCGGCAUUAAUUCUCAGAUUAGCAUAAAUUAAAGCAAGUAGAGAUAGAGAUAGUAAGAAAGGAGAGAGAGAGAGAAAAAGUAGUGCCAUGGAUGAUGAAGUGCGUCUUGAUGGUGAGGAAGAAAUGGAGUUAGAUGAAGCUUCCGAAGGCGAAGAUGAGGAUGAAGAGGCUACAGGGAUACCGGUAUCUCCAGCCAAUUCUGAUCAAUUGCUCGGGCAAUCUACUCCAACAACUUCUGGCAACAUCACACCAGAUGAGGCUUUCCAUGAUCCAUUGCGGUAUCAAAAAUUUCCAUUGCCUGGUGGAAAACCUUUGAACAUUCGCCGUGGGCCUGGCAGACCCCGAAAAGAACGACCUCUUGGUAUUACUCGUGGAGGAAGCAACAGAAGAUCUUUUGGAAGAGGUGGUGCCAGAGGCAAAGGACUAGGAUAUGCAAGAGGUAUACCGCGUCGUACCAAAAGCAAAGACGAUGAUACACACUCAGAGUCACAAAGCCCUUUACGCACCAGCGGAACGGACGACGUCACUAUUGACGGUGGCGAAUCAGGAGGGAACACAACUGACAGGUCAAUGCCGGCACCUGAAGAGCCUCCUUAUUUUCCUGAACAAUGGCCGGGCAAAGCAUGCGCAUUAUGCAAUUUAGGCGAGAGAAGUCAGCUGGGGCAAGGUGAACUUUUGCGCCUGAUGUGUCCUCCAGGUUUUACUCCUGAAAAGUCAACAAAUCGCGAUGAAGCAACUACUGAUCGAUGUCUUAUUGACAUUACUGUCGCUGGAGAUAAAAGUCCGCGUGCGGCUGGACCUGGAGCUGCUGUUACUUGCCGUAGACAGAAGAGCCUAGCCAAAUGCAGGAAUACUAGUCUAACAAAUUUCACAGAACCAGUAGAAGAAUUGACAAUCGUAGGUUUUUCGGAAGAGCCGGACGUUGGGGCUUUAUUUGAACAAUUAACCGGUCAUUACUACGUUCAUCAAUCGUGUAUUAUUUGGUCCAGUAACAAUCAAGAUUUGGCUCCAGAAUUGACAUGCCGCGCCGUCUUGCAAGCUUCCUGCAGACGUUGCGCCUAUUGCUCACAUUAUGGUGCUGGAAUUUCUUGUAAAGUGGCAUCGUGCAAUCGUUAUUUUCAUUUCCCAUGUGCCGCAGCCAAUAGUUGCUUUCAGGAUACCAAGAGUCUAACUCUUUUCUGCAGCCAGCAUCUUGGCCAAGUCCCGCUCUUGUUGAAUGGGGAAGUGACUUGUGUGCAAUGUUAUGGGAUGGGCGAUGUAUCAAAUUUAGUAAUGUGCUCUAUAUGCGGUCAGCAUUACCAUGGCAGUUGUGUGGGCUUAGCAUUGCUGCCUGGAGUACGUGCUGGAUGGCAAUGUGUAUCUUGCCGUGUGUGUCAAGUCUGUCGACAACCUGAAGAUGUUUCUAAGGUGAUGCUAUGUGAGCGAUGCGAUAAAGCUUAUCAUCCCGGUUGCUUGCGACCAAUCGUUACUUCUAUUCCGAAAUAUGGCUGGAAGUGCAAGUGUUGUCGCGUGUGCACUGAUUGUGGUUCGCGUACUCCUGGAGCCGGAUUAUCUUCCAGAUGGCAUUCUCAUUAUACUGUCUGUGAUUCGUGCUACCAGCAACGCAAUAAAGGUUUUUCUUGUCCACUCUGUAGAAAAGCAUACAGAGCCGCAGCAUAUCGUGAGAUGGUGCAAUGUUACUCAUGCAAGAAGUUCGUACAUGGUACAUGUGAUCCCGAAGCCGAUCCACUCAUCUAUCAGCAACGCAAAGAAGCAAAACCCGAUUACGAAUAUAUCUGCCUGCAUUGUAAAAACAUUGCCAUAGUAGCCAGACGAAAGGACAGUAUCGACGAAGGUGAUUUAAAUCUAAGUGCUUCUCAAGAAAGUCUCGACGGCGAAUCCUCUGAAUUAGAUUAUCAAGGUGGUAGUUCUGAAGAAGCACUUUAUUCGGUCGGGUUAGGAAAAGGCAAACCAUUUUGUGCUACAAAAAUCGCAAAAAAAAGAUUGGGAAUUAGUGCUGGAAUUCUUGGUAGGCCUAAAGGCAUUGGUAAGUUGGGCUACCAAAAGAGACAGAAAAUGACAGAGUUUGGUAGAAAGAGAGGACCAAAAGCAAAAAUGAGAGGAAUCUUCGGGUUGCCUGAAAUGGGCUUGCAGAGUCCAGUACUAGAUCCCUCCAUAUCGAAGGAAGAAGAGCCUGGGGGGGAGAACAAAUUAAUUCUCUGCUCUGCCAAGGAUAAAUUUGUUUUAACUCAGGAUAUCUGUGUGAUGUGCGGCGCGAUCGGUAUCGAUCAAGAAGGUUGUCUGAUUGCAUGUGCACAGUGCGGCCAAUGUUAUCAUCCUUAUUGUGCUAGUGUUAAAGUAACCAAAGUCAUCUUGCAAAAGGGCUGGCGAUGUCUUGAUUGCACUGUCUGCGAAGGUUGUGGCGAGCGAAACGAUGAAGCUCGAUUGAUCCUUUGUGACGAUUGCGACAUCAGCUAUCACAUCUACUGCAUUGACCCGCCUUUGGAUCACGUGCCACACGGAACGUGGAAGUGCAAAUGGUGCGCACAGUGCCAAACUUGUGGUUCUAACGAUCCCGGUUUUAAUUCAUCCUGGCAGAAAAGUUACACUCAGUGUGGGCCCUGCGCUUCCCAUACCGCUUGUAUAGCGUGUCAAGAAACUUAUCAGGAAGGCGAUCUCAUUAUUCAAUGUGUACAAUGCGAAAGAUGGCUCCAUUGUAGUUGCGAUUCAAUUAAAAACGAAAUCGAAGCUGAACGUUGUGCCGAAGAAGGUUACGUUUGUCUCCUUUGUCGUCCUAGAGAUAUUCCCCCUCCUCAUCUUCUCUCCAAACCUCCUCAAAAAUUUUCUAGAUUGUCUCCUCCACCGCAAAACCGAAGUCCGGAAUUGUUUAAAUCUUCUUCGCAACCAUAUCUUUUAGAUGGAGUUUAUCUUUCUGAAGCUGGAAUGAAUCAUAUUAAAUCUUUAACUGCCGAACAUCAGCAAACAAGGAAAAAGAGAAGAAAAAUGCUUCCAAUGAUAGAUAAAGAGGCAGAAAUCAUGGCGACUAUCGAAUCUGUUGUUGCUGGAGGAAGUUUGGACAAUUCUUUGGAAGAAAAUAAUAAGUUAGAGCUGAUGGAUGUUAAAGAUGAACCAGAAACAGUACUGAAGGAGGGUAUGGUAUGGAGUCUGCCUCCUCCUGAAGGUUUCAGCAUCUGCACUUCAGAAAAUGGACUUCCUGUAUUGCGAAGAAAACGUCAAAGAAAUUUGCAAAAAUUGGGAAUUGGAGGAUUUAUUGUAAGAUUGAGAGGUACUAGAAAAGACAAAGAAGAGGAAGGAGAUGUUGAAAAGUCUGGAGAGUCUUCAGUAGGAGUGGGAAUAGGAGACGAUAAACCCCGAAGAAAACCUCAAAGAAGAAAGCCAAAGACGAAACUGGCAGAAUGUUUCCCUCUUUAUAUGCAAGAAGCGUUUUUUGGGAAGGAUUUGAUGGAUACAACAAAGGACAAGGAUCUUGAAAGUAGCAGUGAGUCGGAAGAAGAACAUAAAACUCCUGGAAACGCUAAUACAAUUCAGUUAUCUCAAGAUGAAUUAAAGGCAAUGGAACAAGUUAGAGCAAAACAAGAAAAAGAAGACGGAAAGAGCCAAGAGCAAAUCAAACGAGAAGAAAUUCCGGAGGAUGAUGGUAGUGAUACAGAAGCACUUGGUGAUAUUUUACCAAUUUCCGGAGAUUUGUUGGACAAUGAUUUGGUGAAUACAAUAAUGAAUGAAAAUGAUGAAGAUUUGGCAAAAGCUAGUGAAGCAUUAGAUGAACUGGAUGAUGCUCAAGGUGGAAAUAAGGAUGAACUAACGGAUAUUUUGAGUCCACAUUUUAAUUUGGAAUCAAUGGUCAGAGAUACUGGAUUACCAAAUAUGGACAGUAAAGAUAUCGAGGAGAUAUUUAAGGGUGUUUUAACUGAUGAAUCUCAAGAAUCUCAAGAAUCAUCUGUGUUUUCUGUCCAAGCUCAAACUUCGCAUCCUUCUUCGUCUACUACCUCCUUAGUGUCACCUUCUCCUCAUCCUCCUGGUAUUCAAAUGCCUUUGGCAAGACCUCAAGUACCUGGUAGUCUGCCCUCAGUUGGACAAUCAACCUUAAACUCUCCAAUGAGUUUUCCACCACCUUCACCAUAUCACUCUGAGUAUAGCAACAGUCCACAAUUCAGUCCAGCAUUUUCUGAACCACCCAGUCCAUGGGUGAAUCCUGAAGAUGAAGGAAACACUACAGCAGGAAAUGCUACUAUUUCAUACACUCAAAGAAGCAAUCCAAAAAUGGAGGCUGACGAAGCAUUGGGUACUGGAGCAACAAUAUCUUCAGUGCUCUAUGCCAAUAUUAAUCAUCCUGAAUGGAAAACUGAAUAUCCAGCGUGGUCCGAAAGAUAUAAGCAGAUUUUGAAAAAAUGGCGAGCUCUUCCGAAUGACAAAAAAGCUCCAUAUUUGACUCAGGCCCGUGAUAAUCGAGCUGCCAUUCGCAUGAAAAAGACACAACAGCUUUCCAAGGAGACACCACCACCAAGCACUACCAAUACUAUCAUCACCACCAAUAUAAUCACCACCAACACCACCACCAUCAAUAUGACCAUCACCACUAGUACCACUACUACCGCCAUGACCAACAUCAUCACCAAACCUGUCGUUAUGACGGCCCAGCAGCAGCAAUCACAGGCGGUGAGCCUGAAGCCUAUGGAGAAACAAUCGGGAAUGUUGAUGACCACAGGAAUAACAUCAACCAGCAGUAAUCAGCAUCAGGAGGUGUGUGGGGUGCAGGAAACCCCGCCUAGCCCUUCCCUCUCUCCCGAUGUCCCCAAAAAUCUUCAAUCGUCUGCCUUGCAAUCUUGCACAACAGCAGCUUCUUCCUCUUCUUUGUCUUCUUCGUCUUCUUCUUCUUCCUCUUCUUCUUUUUCUCAUUGCAAUAAUUCGGGUGAAGGGCAGCAACCUCUCCAACAACGUCCAUCUCCGAUUGUCGUUAACAGUAGUGGCGGGAGCGGUAGCGUAGAUCAACAUCAGAUACGAGUACUCACUCCAUCCGAGAUCAUGCGCACCCUCCCGUCCCUCAGCCAGGAGCACUACGAUCCCCCACCUCCGCCACCACCUAGUGCAAUUGUUCACACUGUGCCUCCCGUACAGAACCAUCACCACCACCACCACCAACACCACCACCACCAUCCGAAUAACGUCAUGGAACAGGACAGACUUUCGAACAGAGAUCGGUCUAGCAGAGAGGCUGAGCAAGAAAGACAAUGGAAACAACUGCAAGCUUUACGUCAACAGCAAGCGCAAUUACAACAGCAAGUUAUCAUCGAGCAACGUGUACAUGCGAUUGCCAGAGUACAUAGACAGAUCAGUGAGGAAAAUGUACCCCCAUUAAGCAGUGAUACUGGAUUAACAACACAAUUACAAGUGUCUACGGCACAAGAUACAAGCCAAUUGACUUCUCUAGCCUCCCCUUCUCCAGGUUCCCGCAGCACUUUUGCUACGCCUUCACUUAAAGCUCCACGUGGUCUCGCACCUCAGUCUCCUCAUCAUCAAUCUAUGGUGCGUCUCCCCGCGCAAACUCCUUGUCGAGGGGUACGCCCGGGAUUUCCCCAGCCACCGUCUCCAUUCUCGCCACAGGCGCCCCAGUCGCCUCAUGACUUUCCUCAGUCUCCUGCAUCCUCUCAAACUUCUCAGGAAUCCCAUUUCCAGCGUUUUGAAGGCAAUGUCUCGACUCCCGCAUCUCCUUAUUCAUCGCCUCAAACGCCAGGUACACCCCGUCCUAUAUUUAAUCCACCGCGACCUCCCGUUUAUGCUCCUCCUCCUCCUCCUGCAACAUCGCGAACUCCCGAUCCUUACAGCCAACCACCCGCUACUCCCACUGCGUCCGCCUCCACCGCGUCUGGCUAUCCGUCACCAAGAAGUUCCGAAACUCGGACACCUCAGGAGCAAGAAGUGACUUUUGGACAACAACCAGAAGUAAAUAGACAGCUAAGGGACUUAUUACAAAGGCAACAGUUUAAUAAGAAAAUUGAAGGAGUUAGCACAAAUUGGAGUCAAGAUGGACAGAAUAAUUCGGAAAACAAUCACCAACACUUCGAAGUGAGCCAUGUGCCGCUUCAGCAGCAUUCUCAAAUACCGAGCAACACCGGUGAAGGCACAUUCAGACAUCCUCUUCCACCGGGCAUUAUCAGACCUAGAUUGCCCAUUCAACCAAAUGUCUUAAUCAGAAAUUCCAUUGGAAUAAAUCCACGACAUCCUGUAGCAGGGAAUAUUCAGGGUUCGAUUGACCAUCGUACUAAGAUGUUGCUGCAAAAUAGGCCCCAAGUAACUACCACUAGUAUAUCUCAACAGCAUUUCCAAGGAACUCAAAGUCUACAAACACGAAUGCCAACAAUAAGAAAUACCAUUCCCGAGCCUUAUGAUAUUUUACAGCAACAGAGACAAUUCACAGAUUCAAAUCAAGCUCAGAAUCAGCGCAUUGCUGCACGGACGACACAGGACAAUUUGAAUCAAAGUAUUCGCAUGUUGAGUACCGUCCCAGUCCGAACACCUCUUAUUCCUACAACGAUGAGCGACACCGCAGGAGUCGGAACUACUUCGGAAGCAUCCGAGAUACCCGACAACGUUACAGCCGAAUUGGAGAAGCUAGAGCAAGAAGGGGCUGGACCAAUGGUCGAAGUCGAAGGUGUCAAUGCAAUAUUGGGAGAUUUAGCAGAUGAUGAUGAUGAACUGCUUGCCGAAAUGGGAGCAGAUUUCAACAUCUUGGAAUAUGCUGAUCCUGAAUUAGACACGAUUACGGGCGGGGAAAAGACCAACAUCCUUGAUCUGGAUCUCGAACAAGUCGAAGUUGAUCCCAAGGACGAAAAGCAAAAAAAAGAAACUAAGGAUGAUGAUCAGAAAUCGGAAAUAACUGCUCCAUCUUCUGAAAUUUCUACCGAUUCCUGUGCAACAAGUACAAAUUUGACAGAAAAUUCCAAUGUGCCGACAAUGAUAUCGACACAAGCUACAUCGCAGGUGAUACAAGCACAAGUAGUGCAGCAGCAGAUGAAUCAGCAAGUGCAACAAGCAGCAGCGACAGGUCGGCCAAUACCACCGGGAACGAAAUUGCUGUCGCCGGACGGAGCAGUAGGAAUAGUGACUUCUACAAAUACAGUAACCGUGAGUUAUCCAUCAAACUUCCCUGGACAUCAGCAGAGAAUCUCGCAAACGCAUAUACAAGUCUCGCAGCAACAACGAUCAGGUAUGCGAUUAACAGGGGUGCCAAAUAGACUCGUCGCCGUAAAUCACAUGGUUGGCACUCGAAUGCCGCUUGCUCCACCACCACCACCGCCACCGCCACCCCCGUAUCCGGGACCACCACCUCCGUAUCCUGGACCAAUACAGAUGGGGCUGUGCCCAGGUGGUGGUAAUGGGCGAGGUAUGACGCGGCCCUCGGUCCAUAUAACGGGGCACCAGGUGCCGGUGGCAGGCCCGCCGAUGGGCCCCGUGGUGCCACACUCUCAUCGAAGACCCUUGCUUUUGCAGCAGUCGUGUUCACAGGAGCAGCCAUUGUUGCUAGAAGAGUUACUGGAACAGGAGAAACGAGAGCAAGAAAAACAACAACAACAGCAGCAGCAGCAGCAACAACAACAACAACAACAACAGCAACAAACUGAAAAUACUACCGGAAGCAGUCUUUUGAGUGACAGUGAUUUCGAAAGGCUCAGAGCUGAUGUUUUGGGUACUACCUCACCGCCUCAGAAUAUAGUGCCGGUGAUCAGGCCGCCUUGCGUAGCGAGGCAAGUUUCUUCCGCAUCUGAUACCAAUUGGCAGAGUGGUAUGGCUGCUGAUGGAACGGCAAAGUUGACAGUGGCGCAAGUGGGAGCGAGACAACCGAUCGCUACACAGACCCCGCCUGAACCGAGGGUAGCUACGUUCAACAUUCCUCAGAUACCAGCACCGCCAACUCCACCAGAAAAUAUAGUUAACGAACAAGAUCGACAGAUGCAGUUGCAAUAUGAACAAUGGCUUAAUCAUCAAGAUCAAGUAUUAAAACAACAAUUACAUUAUUAUGAAGGAGAAAUUCAAAAACUCCGCAAAGUAAGAAAGUCUCUCAAUGGCAGGCAACGCGUACUUCGAAAAGCUGGUGCUGAGCUACCAGAAACGGACGCUGCCGAAUUGCAACGAGUUACCAGUGAACAAACUAUUUUACAGAAACAUUUGGAUGCUUCGCGUAAACAAGGCCGUCAACAUAAUAUGCUAAUCCAAGAAUAUCAGAGCAAACAACAGCAACGACAGGUUCAUUCCCAACCAAAUGAACCCUGUUCUCCGCUCAUGUCACCUUCUCAACAUUCUCCGAUGCAUUCUCCAGCAGCAUUAAUUUCUCAAAGCCCUGGUCCUAACAUGAUUCAACAUUCACCGGCAACUCCGUCAAUUAUUCAACACAGUCCAGGUACACCGCUGCUUCAACAUAGUCCAGGUAAUUCUCAGUCAACAAAUCUAGGGACAAUGUCACCUCAUAAUGUCCAGCAACAGUCGCCAAGAAUUGGCACUCCUCAUUCUCAAGGUGACGAAAGUCCUUUCAGCCCUGGACCAAUGCCUUCUCCGGGUUUAUGCAAUCCUAAUACUACGCGGAUGACAUCACCACAACAUAGAGCCAUUAUAGGCGGAAGGUUAGCAACUUCGCCUGGUGCCUUUACGUCAGAAACACGAAAUCAACAGCAAAUAAUAGCUGAUCAGAGUGUGAAAGUUCAUAAUUUAGCUCAGAGAUUUGUCAGACCACCAGAGACACAAAGAAGGGGGAGCAUUGUUUACAGUCCUCAACCAGGACAGCAACAAUUGCUGAGUCAACAGCAUCAACAAUUGUUGCAGAGGCAACAAAUUAUUCAACAUGAAAGCAUUGCUCAGGAUCAGGGACAAAGUGUCAUUGCACGAGGGUCAUUGCAACGGCAACAAGUUUUUACUCAACAACAGCAACUUGAAAGUGUUUCUCGACAACAAAUUCUUCAGCAACAACAACAGAAUGAUAUUUCUCAAGACGGACAAAAUAUUGUUGCUCAAAGAAAUUUACAGAUAGCCCAACAGAGGCAGAUCCUUCAACAACAGCAGCAAACAAAUGAUGUUGUUUCUCAAGAAGGACAGAAUGUUGUUGCUCAAAGAAAUUUACAAAUGGCUCGGCAACAAAUUAUCCAGCAGCAACAAGAAGGUAUCUCUCAUGAUACACAAAAUAUUAUUGCUCAAAGAUCGAUACAAAUGACUCAGCAAAGACAGCAAAUUCUUCAACAAACUGAAGGUGUUGUUCAGGAAGGACAGAAUUCUAUUAAUCAAAGAUCGUUGCAAAUGGUCCCACAACAACAGCAACGACAAGUUCUUCAGCAACAACAGCAACAGAAUGAUAUUUCUCAAGAAGGGCAGACUGCUGUUACUCAAAGAAAUUUACAUUUGCCGCAGCAACGGCAGCAAAUUCUUCAGCAACAACAAAUAAUUCAGCAACAUGAAAUAAUUCCUCAGGGUAUUUCUCCGGAAGGACAAACCGCUAUUGGGCAAAGAACGUUGCAAAUAGCUCGGCAACGACAGCAAAUUCUUCAACAGCAGCAACAGGAAGAUACUUCCCAGGACAUACAAAAUGUUGCCGUUCAAAGAAAUUUGCAAAUAGUGCAACAACGACAAAUUUUUCAACAGCAGCAUGAAGGAAUUGCACAGAGCAUUUCUCAAGAUGGACAGAACGUUGUUCAAAGAACAUUACAAAUGACCCAACAACGUCAACAGGUCCUUCAACAACAUGAAAGCAUUUCUCAAGAGGGACAGAAUGUUGUUGUUCAAAGAAAUUUGCAAAUGGCGCAACAACGACAACAAACCCUUCAACAACAGCAACAAAUUCUUCAGCAACAACAUGAAGAUGUUUCUCCAGAUGGACAAAGUACUAUUACUCAGAGAUCGCUGCAAAUGGUUCAGCAACGGCAACAAAUUAUUCAACAACAACAACAUGAAAGUGUUUCUCAGAUUACGUCUCAAGAGGGACAAAAUUCGAUUGCGCAAAGAUCAUUACAAUUGGCUCAACAACGACCACAAGUUCUUCAUCAACAGCAACAUGAAACUAUUUCUCAAGAAGGACAGACUUCUAUCGCUCAAAGAUCGCUUCAAAUAACUCAGCAACAACGUCAGCUUUUGCAACAACAGCAACAUGAAAAUGUUUCUCAAAAUAUUCCUCAAGAAGGACAGAAUUCUAUCGGUCAAAGAUCGCUUCAAAUGGUUCAACAACGACAACAUAUUCUUCAGCAACAGCAACGACAGCAGUUUUUACAGAUGCAACAGCAGCAGCAACAAAAGCCACCCAAUUCACCAAUGGUGUCUCAACCAGCUAGUUCUCCAAGUCCACAGCUUCAUCAACAACUUCAACAAGGUUAUGGUCAACCUCCAAAUUCACCUAUGGUACAAGUAACAAUGGGAUCUCCAAUGCUUCAGCAGCAGUUAAAUCCGAUUUCGCAGCCUCCCAGUCCAUUAAACAGGAUUUCGCCAAUGCUUCACGGUCAUCAUCAUUCUUCGGCAACAAAUCAACCACCUAGUUCACCUAUGAUGCCUAGAAGUCCUAUGAUAGCCGGAUCUCCUAUGCAGAUGCAACGAAGACAAUCUACCGGAAGUAGUCCGGCUAUGCCAGAUAGACCACAAAGCGUAGAAAAUCCUGGAACGCCAAGAACACCCCAUACACCUCAUAAUUUUGUUCAACAAAGUACUAAUUUAAAUACAGCUUCAAAUGAUCAAGCUUCUCUGCAAAUCCUUCAAGAUUCAUCUUCUUUAACAGAAAAUUCUGCUAGAGGUGGAGGAAACUCCAAUAAUCCUUUAAAUCCAAUUCCUUUUCCUAAUUAUGGAAAGUCUGGAUAUUUUAAAUUAGGGUUGAAAGGAGGUUCACCAGGUGAUCAGCAAAGUCUUUCAUUAGCAAAUAGCCCCGCAAAGUUAAUGAAUAAAUUUUCCAAUUUUGGAAGAUUUGGAUAUUUUAAAUUAGGUUUAAGAGGUGGAUCGCCGAUGUGGUCGAGUAAAGCAGAAAGCAGCAAAAACAACAAAGAAAUGUUAGACAUAUCUCAGACGAAAAGAGAACAGCUCGCCGAAGAGAAAACAAACACUUCUGUGAAUCGAAAAACCGCCAGAAUCGGCUCAUUAGUAUGCGCCGAUUACAAUGACUUCGAUGAUGACUCGCAUACUCCACCACAGGCUUCGCCGACGACCUUGGAAGUGAAACCGACUGCUCAAAAUUCUUCUCUAAUCUCUUCAACUUUAGAUAAUGAAUCUUUGGAAAGUCCUGAAGUAAAAUUGGAACAGCUUCCAGAUACGACAGAUUAUGAUGACGAUAAAACUAUAGUAAAUACCGAGGUAACUCUGAGUUCCGCAGCUCAGCGGGAUAGCGAUGAUAUUACUGUCAUUGAGCAGUUUGGUGACUCGGAGUUAGUUGAUGUUAUUUCAGGAAGUCUAGAAGGAGAUAUGCAAGAAGAGUAUGUUCUCUUUGAACCUGGAAUGGUGGUGGAUCUAUCUGCCGAUAGUAAUGAUUCACUUUGUCACGCUUUAGUGAAUGAUGCUGGUCAAGGUCACGAUCUAGUGCAAAUCCUAGAAAUUGAAAAUCCUGAAUCACAAUCGGAAGAGCCAAUCUUGAGCGAUGAAGACCUAAUUCCGUCUCAUUUAAGAAACAAAAAGGGUCUUAGGCUUGAUAUAGUGAGGACUUUGCAAGCUGGAAAGAAGCUAGUCGCUGUUACUGAUACUCCAGAUUCUCCUGAUCAAGAGGAACUCAGAGUAAAUCCUUCUCCGGGUUCUUAUUUGGAUCAAUCUCUCGAUCAAGAACUUAUGGUAUCUUUAGUAAAUGAAUCUGAAGUAGUUAUCAUUGACCCUACGACAAAAUCUCCCGAAGAUAAUCUCUCUAAAGGAUCCGGCGACGAAGACACUGAGAAAAUUGAUUCCAACAUACAAAUUGAUGUUUCCAAGGAGAAUGUAACUAAUGAAAGCUCGAUAGAUGAACAAAACAAGUUGAAGCAAAAUAAGAGCCCCACGAACUUUGUUUUUUCAGAUAAAGCUUCUUACAAUAAAAUUUUAUCUUCAACCAUGCAUCAAACAAGUACUAAUACUAUAACGAUGUCAAAUUCAGCAAUUUCUUUAACAAAUCCUAUGAUUUCUACAAAUUCGAAUACAAUUCUAGCUUCUAUUAGUUCCGAUUCUCAACUGAAUCAAAUCUCAAUUCGCCCAAUUGCGACAGAAGCGAAAAUCAUAGAUCAAUUUGAUUCACAUGAGGCUUCCUCAAGCUGCUUUAGCAAGAAAAACUUCACAUUAUCAUCGACCAUGGCAAGCAUCGUGGCGGACGCGAAGAUUGCCGCAAAACUUAGUCAAACGCCUAUAGUAUCCAAACCUCAGCAGAGUAAAUUAGAUCUGAAAUUUAGUGUAUUUUCUGCCAGGGAAACGCCGAAAAUAUUAUCUUCAGGAAAGCCUUCAGUAACUUCUUCCAAUUUACCGAUGAAUAAAACCGAGUCUCAGAACAAUCCUACAAAAUUAUUAUUAAGUGUACAACCAACAUCUGUUACAUUAUUGACUCCGAAAAUGUCUAUUCCGGAUUUAUCGAAAAAAGAGAGUAUUCUAAAAAAUAAAGAAAAACAAAUGGAAGAUAAAGAAGGAGAAAUGAAGGGAGAGAAAAAGGAAGAAGUGAUACAUGGUAAAAUAAAAAACGAGACCAAUUCUUCGGGGUUAAUUGCUGAAGAAAAGAAGACCGAUCCACUAAAUACUACGGAUGAACUAGAGAGCAUGCUAGAGGCUAUUCACAAUCCUGUAGAAAAUCCCGAAAAUAAAAAUGAUACUCCAACGACUCUAAAAAGGAUGUCACCUGUCACUGAUGAUUUAUCGCUCGUUAACAUCUUGGAGAACGACGCUGAAUUAGUAGAGAACGAUAAGGAACAGAUUUUAUCAAGUUCUGACGUACAAAAAAUUAAUAAUAAAUCGAAAGAAACUGAAAAAGAAAUUGAAGAGAUUAGUAAUAAUAAAAAUGUUCUUUCUAAUGAUAAGAAUCAUCAAGAAGAGCUAUGUACCGAAGUGGAAAAUUCCAAACCAUUUCUUCAGCAUUGUUUAAAUGAAGAAAAAACUUUGAUGGAUGAAUCUUCCGAUGAUAUUUUAGAUAUGUUGCACAACAUCAUCUCAUCGAAGCCGGAAAUGGCAAACAGCGGCGAAUUGAAAUCGAGUCUUAUCUAUCAGAUGCCAACGCCGCUUGAUACUUUGCCCUUGAAUAUUCUUCAAGACUCGUUGAUCGAUGUAGAGCAAGAAAACAAUCUAGAAAACAAUCAACUUUCUUCAACUGAAACUAAAAAUCAAGUAAAAAAUCAAAAUUCUGAAAUGAAGAAAAAUCCUUCAACAACAAGUCAAGCUUCCACUUUAGUAGUCAGCACUGUGGCGCAAUUACAGAAAAGUACGACGACGGUUCCUCAUUUAUCGCCACUCUCAAAACCAACUGAAUUGACUUCCAACGUGGCCAAUGUAUCUCAUCAGUUAAGAACAUUGCUAUCAUCCUUGCAAAGCAAUCAGAAUCAAACUGGAAUAGUCACCACGGUGGCUUCAGACAAGUCUGGAAGCGUUUUAUCUGCUUCUAGCACCUUGUCAACUUUAAAUUCACCGAAUAAUGGCCAGAAUAUUAUUGCGACCUUGCCGAGGUCGGAUCAAAAUCGCUCUCAAUCUAAUUCGAUCAAUAAUCUUAUUAAAGAUUCGGAACUGACUCUAAAGGAAUCGAUAAAAGAAUCUGGCGGAAUUAUUACUGCAGUUGCGAAGAUUAGUAAUGGUGAGCAGGUUUUCAGAGUAACUUCUUCAGCUACAACUACAGCUACAGCUAUCCAAUCUACAAUAGGUUCUAGUGUUUCCAACACUAUUUCCACAAUAAUAACCACUAGAACUAUUACAACAAUUUCCAUCACUUCGAAUGCUAUAUUGAAUGCCAUGCUGGCCGAUACUACAUCUUUAAAGUCUACAGUUGCUGGUCAUGGUCGAAGUAACGCAAUAUCAACGCAGUCCGUCAAUUCUUUUAAUUCUUCUUUACCAUCGACUUCGAUACAACGCUCACAAAACCUUCAGAUUCUCCAGGUCAGUUCAGGAUGCCCCACUUCCACUCGAGUACAAGCAAAUACCAAUUCAACCGUAACUAAUUCAAUGCAAUGUGUUAGAACUGUUGUACCACCUUUAGCGAUUUCCAGCGGAAUAUCUACUACUCCUAGUAUCCUUCAAACAACCUUAUCACAAGCUCCAAAUCACCUUUUGACUUCUAAUCAAGGUCAGUAUAAAUCUUCUGGCCUUUUACCUAUCGAUAAUAAAAAUAACGACCUUGAAAAUCAAUCUACGACUUUGAUAAAGGAUCCUGAAGAAUCCAAAGUGCAAGAGAAGAAGGAAAUAGAUCCUAGCAAGAAUUCUAAUAUUUUGAAGCUAGAGGAAUCCCAAACACAUGUAUUACUGAAGCAAUUAUUGCAAAAUACGGCGAGUGCUACGACUUCCGGGUCAUCGCAAGGACCCACUCUACCAAAAGUUUCUUCAUUAGAGGCUCAACUAGACCGGCCAGUUCCACCUACACCUCUGAAUCCCAAGUUACUAGGUGAGACACCAACACCGAAACCAGCAUUAAAUAAACAACAAGUUCUUACGAGUUCUUAUGAAACUUCUUUCCUGUCUUCGGCAUCACAUUUGAAGAUUCAAAGUUCUCCAAUCAAAGAAGAACUUUCUAAAUCUUCUCCCCCAUUAUCUUGCUCGAUUCCAAUAACGUCACAAAGAGGACACCUCGAAACCUUGAAGCAGCAAGCAACAAAAUCAGUUUCUACUUCUUCGGGAAUCUCUUUAGGAAAUUCUUCGACAAAUUCUUCAGCAAAACAACAAUCAAUUUCCUCAACAAUAACAACGACGAAGAUGUCUCCAGGUAUUUCUACAAAUCAGCAAGAACCUUCUGGUCAAGGAAAGUCAGGGAUUGGCACUGACAAAGAGCCUCAGACUCAACAACGUAUCGCCGUUUCAAUUGCAAAAGUUAAUUUGCUUGGCAAACCAUUGGUAACUUCUGAAGUAACCUCAAAGAACGUUCAACCGCUAACUAAUAACUCUAGUAACAUUUCUGGAUCUCAGAUCCAACAGGUUCAAAAUCAAAUUCAAGUCGCACAAAAGCCAAUAGUGGCUCAACAAGUUUCUUCUUCGAUUUCCUCCGUUCAUCAACAAUCUGUUCAACAAGUGCCUCACAGUCACGGAACUAUUACGGGACCACAGGCCGUUACAGGUUCUAUCGCUCCGUCGAGUUCCAACAUAGUGCCUUUGAUCGAAGUGAAGAAGGAACUUGGACUUGAGGAAGUUUUAACCACUACUGGUACGACACCAACCAGUCAUUUGCAAACUGAUACCAAAGAUUUUCUUACUGCCAAAGAGGAACUCAUAGAUAACGCGAUAGAUGAUAAAACUGAUCUCAAGAAAUUAAAGAGAAGACAGUAUCAGCAAAAACGAAAACAGAGCCAAGGGAAAGAUGCUGUGACUGCACCUCAGAAGAAACGCUCCCGUAAAGUUUCACGACUCGAUGAGGAUUAUGAGACCUUUGUGGAAAACUUGAUGACGCAAUUACGGCAGUUGCAACCAAUGGUGGUACUGGAGCCUCUGCUGGGUCGUAAUUAUGGGGUAUGCCCAAUCUUUGGAUGUGGAGAUCUUGUCAAGAUUGGAAGUCAAAAGGAUUAUAACGCGAGAAUCGGUGAUUUAAUUGGAAAUUACGGAUCGGCUAGUUUACCCGGAAUUUCUGAUCAUUAUAAUACACAACCUUUUGGAGAAUUAAGUCCCUUAUCGCCUCAACAACCCUCGACUACACAGAGAGGAUUUUACGAGCAGGAGUUUCCGCCCUUGAAAUUGGAUGAUUCUGAUGAUAAGAAGGAGACUAUGGCGACGAAUCGCGAUAUAGAUUCUCCCGAUACCAUCGUCAGUUCAUCCUCGCCUGAAUGUGUUAUACCAGAAUUUAUACAUCAUUUUCCUGGAUUGCGAUUGAUUGAGGAAGAAUCUGAUGAGGAAGCAGACUGGCUAAAACGUGUAUCACCCGUCAUACCUUUAAUCUCACCAAUUCCAAUCAGACUGAAGCCUGCAUAUUCAAAGGAUGCAGCUAAACAUGACAAGGAGAAUUUUGGAGUGCCCAAACUUGGCAAAUCUCCUCCGAUUCCCUUACGGGAAAGUGGAAACGUUACCGUGACCUUAACUCUAAAUAGUCAGGCUGCCGAUGAUAUAAUGGGUGUACUCAAAGAUCUUGCAAAUAUUUUGAACAUAGCACCACCUGCUGGCUAUCAAAUAGUCGAACGCACUUCCACUCCUCCUAGCCAGAAACUAGGAUUGUACAGAACAAAAGGGAAAGAUGGCAAAGAAGGUGCUCCAGUCGAUAUACAAAGUAUCCUGAAUGGUGCGGCAAAGUUUUGUCGUCAUUGCGAUGUCGUGAUCCUUAACAGUCUAAUCCGAAAGAAAGUAUCAGAUCUGCCGUUUUUCAGUAAAGAAGAAACCGAACCCGGUGAUGAACUUUGCUUCUGUUCAGCAACUUGCUAUAUGCAAUUUGCUCUUAUUCAUCGAACACCUCCCACUCAAGAUAAGGCGGCGACAAUAGUAGAUCAUUUAUGCCAUAAAGCGGAAACAAAACUGCUAGAUGACGAUUUGAAAGGCUUAAAAAAGUUUCCGAUCAAGCAACAACAGCAGCGUAUAGAAAGACUCGGAAGUAUGGAAAUUAAUGAAUCAACAACUGAACUUAAGAUAAAGACUGAAAAGCUAGAAAACAUAGAGAAUAUAGAGAAUGAAGAGAAACGGCCGAAAAAACAUUCAAUUACUGAGGAGAUUAGUAGUGAAGCUACUGAGCCCCAACCACCUGCGAAGAUCUGGAAAGGUUUGAGAUAUAAAACAUGGUCGCUAGGAACCAUGCAACCUGGUACCAAGUUCAAAAAACCCACUGACAGAGAGAUUAUCGAGGUAUUGUUUCGCAUGGGAGUCACUGUAGCACCUGCAAAAGCUGAAGACAGUCGCCGUUGCAUUUUCUGUCAGAGUCAAGGCGAUGCAACAGCCGAUGGACCGGCCCGAUUACUCAAUUUCGAUGUGGACAAAUGGGUGCAUCUUAAUUGCGCAUUAUGGUCUAAUGUAGUAUAUGAAAUGCAGAGUGGUGCACUUAUGCACCUAGAUGAUGUACUGCAGAAUAAUCUUAUGCAAAUUUGUAUCGUCUGCGAAAAACCUGCUGGCACAAUCAAGUGCUAUAAGCCAAGAUGUACUAAUUGCUAUCAUCUAAUGUGUGCCAUGAAAGAAAAAUGCGUUUUCUACAAAGACAAGACCAUGUAUUGUCCCCAACACUCUCUAAAAAACGAAAAAGAAAGAGAAUUGAUGACGCUGUCUGCCUAUCGUCGCGUCUACGUUAACCGCGAUGAAAAUCGUCAAGUUGCCGCAGUAAUGCACCAUUCUGAGCAUAAUCAUCUACUUCGCGUGGGUUCUCUCAUCUUCCUUAGCGUUGGUCAAUUACUUCCUCAUCAACUGCAAAAUUUCCAUACGCCGAACUACAUUUAUCCAGUGGGCUACAAAAUUGUGCGCUUCUAUUGGAGUAUGCGCAGACCCAAUAAACGUUGUCGCUACGUUUGUUCGAUCCAUGAUGUUUCCGGUCGUCCAGAAUUUCGCGUCUUAAUCCAGGAACCUCUUCAGGAGGAUGUUGAAUUGAGAGACGCUACUCCACGAGCUGUUUGGAGCCGAAUUUUAGAGCCGCUUGCGGAAUUGAGGAGAAGCACGAAUUCUGUUCAAUUAUUUCCGAGAUAUGUUUCGGGAGAAGAUUUAUUUGGUCUGACAGAGCCAACAGUAGUACGGGUAUUGGAAAGCUUGCCUGGAAUUGAGACUUUAACUGACUACAGAUUUAAAUACGGUCGUAAUCCAUUGCUGGAAUUACCGCUGGCCAUUAAUCCGACCGGAAGCGCGCGAACAGAAGCACGCUUGCGCAAUCAACUGCCGUGGAAACGUCCGCACACGCAGCGUACGGGGGGAUUUGCGUCGCGCGGAGUACCAUUCGGCUUGUCAACAUGUAGCGUCGCUGCCGCGAUGGGCGGCGGGGUUUCUUCGACAUUAGUAGCUGCCGCUGCUACGGUCGGUGAAACCGCCUCCUGCCCAUAUUCCAAGCAAUUUGUACACUCCAAAAGUUCGCAGUACAAAAAAAUGAAGCAAGAAUGGCGUAAUAAUGUUUAUUUGGCGAGAUCAAAAAUUCAAGGCUUAGGAUUGUACGCGGCGAGAGAUCUGGAAAAGCACACAAUGGUGAUCGAAUACAUUGGGGAAAUCAUUAGAACGGAGCUAGCAGAGACAAGAGAGAAACAGUACGAGGCUAGAAAUCGCGGGAUAUAUAUGUUUCGAUUGGAUGAAGAGCGAGUGGUAGAUGCGACAUUGUGCGGUGGUCUUGCCCGGUACAUCAAUCAUUCUUGCAAUCCUAACUGCGUCGCUGAAACUGUCGAAGUCGAGCGCGAUCUCAGGAUUAUUAUUUUUGCCAAGCGCAGAAUUUCACGCGGCGAAGAAUUAGCAUACGAUUACAAGUUUGAUAUCGAAGACGACCAACACAAGAUUGCAUGUGCCUGCGGCGCGCCCAAUUGUCGCAAGUGGAUGAACUAAAAAGAAAAUCAGGACCAAAACAAGAUGAAACAAAAAUAUAUAAAAAGACUUAGUCUCUCCUGUCUAUUGUUAUUAUUGUUGCUGCGUUACAGAAUAGAAAGUUAUAUAGGACUAGUUUUCCACAUAGGAAAUGAAAAAGUUAGCAAAACAAAUUCUAUGUAUAAAUAUAUAAAUAUGAAAGACGAAAAGUUUAUACAUAUUAUAUAAAUAAACACACACAUAUAUACAACAUAAAUACAAGAUUAACAAUAAAUCGUUGUAAUUUAUAAAGUGCCAUCGCACAAUAUUAUAAUCCCGGAUUUAUAAUUAUUCAUUAUUUAAA